CCAGCCGGUGAUUAUCCGCUGGCACCCGGCGAUCACCGAGUAUCACUGACAGGGGAGAGACCUGUGUAAAAACAGAUUUCUCCCCUGUCAGCUCCUGCACACUGCUUUGUAUGGCUUUGCAUAGCAGAGCCAGUGUAAAGCACACACAGCACAGAGUAAAAGCACACAUCGGUAAUCCUUUGAUCGCCCCAGAUGUUAACCCCUUCCUGCCCAGUGCCAUUAGUACAGUGUCAGUGCUUUUUAUUAGCACUGAUCACUGUACUGGAUUCACUGGAGAUGUCAGUGACACCAAGUCAGUUCCCCCCAGAGUCAGAAUGCCGUCCGCAGUCCCGCUAUAAGUCGCUGA